CCACCAUGGACGUCACUGUCCUCGAGUUGGAGAGUAUCACAAAUGCCUUGUCUCUAUUGCGCCGGCUUUUCGUGAGGUGAUUUGUGUCUGGGCCCCCAAGAAAGAAUUGCUGUCGCUACAAAAUGCUGGACGCCUUCGAAGUCCUUACCACUUCCGGCGUUGUCCUCUGGUCAAGGUCAACCUCGUCCAUCGGCGCAACCGCCGUCAAUAAUCUGAUCAACGAUGUCUUCAUUGAGGAGAAAGUGCGCCCAUCGGUAACGAAUUCGAGCAAUCCCACGUACAAGCACGACAAAUAUACUCUGAAAUACACCUUGGUUAAAGAUCUCGGUCUAAUCUUUGUGGCUGUCUACCAGUCUCUGCUCCACCUUACCUGGGUUGACAAGUUACUCGACGAUAUCCGAACCCUCUUUGUCGAAGUUUACAGAGGGCAGUUGGAAGAGCUGGACUAUGCUGCACAAAAAUACCCGUUCGACAAAUAUUUCGACGAGGAGUUGCGCCGACUCGAUCAAAGCACAGGUGGAGCAGUCACCGCACAACCUCCCCGAGUCGAGGUGCAGGAAGGGAAGAAGACGAAUGCAGAAAAAGCAGACACUGGAGGACCGCCACCACCAGAACUACCUCAGCUUCUGAAGGCGCAGCCUAGAGCUGUGCCAGCGGUGAACGGAGACUCUUUGCAGAGUACUCCCGUUCAAUCACCGGAUACCUCCCGUCCGACUACACCACUUCCAGGACAUCUGUUGACAGAGAAGGCAAGACCGGGCAGUAAAGGUUCCAGACGUGCGAGAAAAGCUGCCAAUGCUGUGUCUGCAAAUGCGUCUUCUGGAGAUGAGGCAAGACGACCGACACCGCAAGCAAGAACAUCGACGAAGAGAGGACGAGUCUGGGGUCCGGAUGGCAUGGCUGACGAGGCGGAUGGCAUGAACCUCGAUUACUCGGCUACUGAUGCAGAGACGAACGGUGACGCAGGUGUCCGGUCUCCGCCACCAGAAGCAAUCAGUCAGGAAAGUUGGGGUACCAAGAACAAGCAGGGUCAAUUCGUCCUCAAGGAUCUUGGUGACGAAGUGACGAAUAUUCUGAAUGAAGCGAACGCUAGCAAAGCCGACACGAAUGGAACCGGUGGCUCUAGAUUCGGAGCGAUCUCAGGGUACUUCAGAAACAUUGUUGGCGGAAAGACCUUGACCAAGGAAGACCUCGACAAGCCUUUGAAGUCUAUGGAAGAACAUCUCAUCAACAACAACGUCGCUCGGGAGGCUGCAGUUCGAUUAUGUCGCAGCGUUGAGGAAGAAAUGGUUGGUAAAAAGACAGCCGCGUUCGAGUCAAUCGAUGCUGCUUUGAAGCCGGCCCUGGAGAAUUCUCUACGGAAAAUCCUCACCCCCAGAUCAUCUCUGGAUCUUCUCCAGCAGAUCGAGACCGUCGCGAACCCGUCAGGCUCCAAGGCGAAACCUCGACCUUUUGUCAUCACCAUCCUGGGCGUCAACGGUGUCGGCAAAUCGACCAAUCUGUCCAAGCUCUGCUAUUUUUUGUUGCAAAACAACUACCGCGUCCUCAUUGCAGCCGGUGACACCUUCAGAUCCGGCGCAGUAGAGCAAUUGAAUGUGCAUGUGCGCAAUCUGAAAGAGCUCACUGAGCGCGAGAACCUGGGAGCAGUCAAUAUCUAUGAACGCGGCUACGGCAAGGAUGCCGCCAACGUGGCGAAAGAUGCGGUCACAUUUGCGGCUGCUAACGACUAUCAAGUUGUUUUGAUCGACACGGCUGGCCGAGCGCAUACUAACACGCAACUGAUGGCGUCUCUGGAGAAGCUCGUCGACUUUGCACAGCCAGACUUGAUUCUCCAGGUGGCGGAGGCUCUGGUUGGAAACGAUUCGGUCGGGCAGGCACAGAAUUUUACCAAAGCACUGGGAAAGAACCGGAAGCUCGAUGGCUUCAUUGUGUCCAAGAUCGACACGGUUGGGUCGGGCAUUGGUACCAUGAUAAGUCUGGUGCACGCAACGUCUGUGCCUGUGCAAUUUAUUGGCGUUGGCCAGCACUACGGCGACUUGCGACAAUUAUCCGUCCCAUGGGCCGUGAACAUGUUGAUGAGUUAGGAACCGGCAUUGAGUGUAACUCCUUUUGCCUACGCAUGCUGCAGAUGUGCUGUGCUGUGCAGUACAG